AUGGCAUUGAAGAAUGCGGCCGGAUCUAAAUCGAGUGGGAGCUCUUUGGACGAUGAUGAUGAGGAUGAGGACGAUGACGUCUGUGAUUGGGGGUUUGUGGUGAGGAAGAAGAGUGGAGUGGAUGAGGUAUAUCCGACUGGAGGUGAAGGGUCGUCGUGUAGGGAGCUUGCGAGAGUGAUUCUGAAGUUGGGAGAGGUGUACGAGAGGAUCGAAGGUGCGAAGCAGAGGAUGAUGGUUGAGUUGGAGAAACAGAGGAUGGAAGCUGCUAAGGAGAUUGAGUUGCAACGAAUGAACAUGUUGAUGGAUAUGCAGAUGGAGCUUGAAAGAUCCAAGCUUGCCAAACGUAGAUCUGCUGCUUCAGUUAAGAAGUUGUAG